UUCAUGCAUUCUUCUCCUCGUUCUUUCGCUCAAUUCCAAUGGUCACAAAAACUCUGGUGGCUCUGUGACAUCAUUUCCAACCUCUAUAUCAUCCACAAGGAAGGUCAAGUUCACGGUAACUUGCACACCGGUAACAUCCUCCAGACCGGCGACGAUUAUCGGGAAACAUAUUCUUCGAUAUCGGAUCUGGGACUGAACAUACCAGCUGAUAGCACUUGUUCGAUAUCAACCAUCGCCAAAUCGAGGCAAGGUGAUAAUUUGUGUUAUGGUGUAUUGCCAUUUAUUGCUCCCGAAGUAUUGCAAGGAAAUCCCGUGAACAAAUACUCGGACAUUUACAGUAUUGGUGUGUUGAUGAUCGAAAUUGCCAAUGGGAAACCACCAUUCCAUGACAGGGCUCAUGACCAAGAAUUGGCCAAUGAGGUGUGCAAAGGGAGACGACCAACAAUCAUCGAAGGAUUCGCACCAGAAAAUUACGUGAACUUGGCAGCUCAUUGUUGUCACGAGAAUCCAUUAAAGCGGCCCACGGUCAAACAUCUGUCGAUGAUACUACCACAUUGGCAUCAGUGCAUGAGCGGUAAAUUUAAUGCAAACGCGAAGUGCAAAGAAAUCCAACAAGGUUUCUUGAGGGCCGAUCAGAAAGUACUCGAGAAAGCGGAGUAUGGUCAACGAAUGGAGCAGAUGGGAUCAUCCUCGAGCGAUGAGUGGGAUACCGAUGAUUUCGGGAGCGAUUACGGGAGUGAAAGUAGUGAGGGUAGUGAGAG